AUGGGUUCACCAAAACAAUGGUAUGAAUAUUUUGGAGACAACUUCUAUUUACCUCCACCAGAAAAAAAAAGAAAUGAAGUGUUAGAAGAUUUUUAUGUUAUAACAUUUAAAAUUAUUGAUGCAAAAAAUUUAAAAACUGCUGAUUUUUAUCGUUUAAAUAUAUAUUUUUUUGAUAAUAAUUAUAAAAAUUUUUUUGGAAAAAAUUUAUUAACUAAAAUUAAUAAAUGUGAUGGUAAAGUAAUUAAUUUAUCUGAUGAGAUAUUUUUCCAUGGAUCUAUAUAUUCAGAAGAUAUUUAUUUUGUUGUAGAAUUACUUGAAAUUCAACCACGAACCCCUACAACACCUUUUUGUUUUGGAUGGAGUGCCUUUAAUUUAAAACAUCAUACUACUGCAUUAAUUGAUUAUUCUAUACCAAAAAAUGUACCCAGAAAAUAUAUUACUCUUCCUUUAUUUAAAGGAUGUGGUCAAAUAUUAAGAUUUCUUUCAAAACCUUUUGAUGCAAUAUCUCCACCAUCAAAUUUACUUCUUAUUGAUGGAUAUAUUCAAUUUAGUAUAGAAACUCAUAAAGCUAUGGAAAAUUGUUUAGAAUUAGUACCUGAAUUUUAUCCUAUAUCUUCUUUUGAAUCUAUACCUGGUAUUUUAAAAAUUGAAAAAGGUAUAAAAUCAAAAUUUUUGAUAGGUUAUCUUGAUAAUAUUGUAAUAAAUUAUAAUGGACAAGAAAAAGUUAUUGAAGAAAAUUUUAUUAAUUUAUUAAAUAGAGAACGUGCCUAUAAAAAUAAUAUGGCUUAUGAAGAAAAUAAUUUUGAUGGAAUGCAAAUUUUUGAAAGAAGAUUAAAAAUAGGAAUUCAUAAUGGUUUAUGUUAUAUUGAUGAUCCAACAAUUGUUCAUAUGUCAGGUAAAGAACAAUAUAAUUCAACAUUAUGGAAAUCACGUUCAUUAUCACGUGUUGAUAAUUCAAGUGUUUUUGAUUAUGAUUUAAAUUCUUUUGUCAUACCUAAUGGUGUUAGAUUAUAUAAAUUAUUUAAUGAUCCAAGAUUAGCAAUAGUUUUUUCAAUAGAAUAUGUUGUUGGAAUAAAAGGAUUACAGGGAAAUAUUCAUGAAUCAAGAGUUUUAAAAUUUUGUUGGGGUGUUUGGUGUCCAUUUGGUGAUGGAAGUAUGGGAGAAGCAAAUACUGUAUCAAUACCAUUAAUAGGAGGACCUAGAGAAAAUCCUGAUUAUCUUUUAUGUUAUAAAAAUUUAUUAAAAAUAAGGCAAAAUGAAACGUUCUUUCAAUUAGAUUCAACUCCAAAAAUCACAUUAAAAUGCAAUUUUUCACUUUUAUCAACUCAAGAUGAUGCAAAAAUAGUUUCAGCAAGGCAAAUUAAAACAAAAAACAAUACAAAUAUUAUAGAUGAUCAUGUUGAUUCACCCAAACCAAUAAUUAAACCCAGAAAAUCAUUAGAAGAUAAAAAAUCUUCAACACCGACAAAUACAAUAUCUUCUACAAACAAUAAUUUAGAAUUAAUGGAAUCCUUAAAUUUAGAUAGAAAAGAAGAAGAAGAAUUGAAUAAACAAUAUUUAGCUUCAUAUAGUAUUAAUACAAAUCGAUCAUUGUCUAGUAAUGAGGAAGUUAAAAUACAAAAACCAAUUGUAACAAAUUUUACAAGAAAUGUAUUUUCAACUUUUUCUAAUGCAGAUUUUACAAUGAUAUAUGAUUAUAUGGGUGAUAAACCAACAGUUGUUGAUAUUUUAGAUAAUAAAAUUAUCAAUAUACCAUUAGAAAUGCAUGAUAAAUUAUGUAUAAAUGAAAUAAUGAUUCAAUUUUUAGGUAUAAAUUUUGUUCGCAACAAUUUUUAUGAUCCACCUGAAAAGAAACAUUAUUUUUUUACUUUUCAAUUUUAUAGAUUUACUAUGUCUACAACUGAAAAAUUGUAUGCAGAUAUUCAACCAUAUACUAAAUUUGAUGAUCCAAUAAUAUUUAAAAGACUUGAUGAAAAUAAUGCAAUUUUAAGUAAUCAAGAAAAUGGUUAUUCAUUAAAAUUUACUAUUGAUCAAAGUACAUUUCUUCAAGGAAAACCUGAUGAUUUUAUUAAAUAUUUAGCUAAUUCUGAACUUUCUAUUGAUGUUUGGGAUGGUGAUUCUUUAGUUCAUCUUGGUACAGCUGUAAUUCCUCUUAAGAAUCUUUGUCGUCAAGGGCAAACAGCAGUUCAAACAUUUAUUCAAGCAGCAGUUAUUCAAAAUGGUUUACCUCAAAAAGAUAUAACAACUAGUGUUAUAUAUUUAAGUAUUUCAAAUAUUGGAAGACCAAGUAUAAAUGUAUCAUUACCAAUUUUAAAAGAAAAUCAUGCUAUAGAAUGUAAACAAUUAUCAUUUUUAGAUAUGGAUAAUCAAAUAUUUUGUAAAGUAAGAGCUAAAAGACUUCCAGGAAUAAAUCCAUGUACAUUACAACAAAGUUUUGAUACAAAAAAUAAAGUUAUAGAACAAAAAGAGCUAGAUUAUAAAGAAAAAUUAUCAAAAUUUAUAGAAAAAAAAAGUAUUGAAACAACAUUUUCAGAACCAAUAGUUUCUAGAAUUUCUAAAAAAAAAAUUGUAUAUGAAGAGGAGAUAGAAAAUUAUAAACAUGUUAGAAAUGAAAGUAAAGCAGGAAUAUUACUUAAGGCUGUUUUUGCAUCAAUAACAACAGAACAUACAUUAUAUGUUUCUGAAGGUGAAGUAGGAUUUUUAGAAUUUCUUUUACAAAAUUCAUAUCCUAAUAAUGUUGAAUGUCUUAUUGAUAUUUCUGAUAGUUGUCUACAAAUUGUAACUAAUCCUAUUGAAUGGAAAACAUUUAAAAAAAUACAUAAUUAUAUAGGAUCUGUAGAAAAAAAUAUGUUUCAUAGAGAUACAAAUGGUGAAUGGAGAAUAUAUUUAAAACCUAGUGAAAAUGUUAAAAUUCCAUUUAAAUAUGAAGAAGUGUUAGAUGGUAAUGAAAAUUCUUAUGCUAAAGUUAUUAAAGUAGUUUUUCAUCGAUGUGAUAAUAAUCAACCAAUAUCUAUAUUAGAAUUAACUGUUAUUUCUGCUCCAACAUAUAUAACAAGAACAUUUCGUUUUUUUGCAAGUAAUGAUGAAACAUUUAAUCAAAUUCUUAAAUUAAGAGGAUCUCAACAAAGUACCUAUGAAUCAAUAAAAAUAAGUGAUCCAGAAGUUAUAUGUGUCCUUAAACAACCUCAAUAUAUUCCUGGACAUCAAGAAGUAACAAUAAAAGUUCAACCAAAUAGUAACAAAUUACAUUAUAUUAAUUCUUUUGUUAUUUAUUUUUAUAAUGAUUCUUAUUAUAGUAAACUAGAAAAAUGUUGGAGAAUAUAUAUUCAUUUUCUUCCAAAAAUAUCAUCUCAAAUAAUAUAUGGUCAAAUAGGUAAAAUAGAACUUUUUUAUACAGAAAAUAUUUCAAAUCAAGAACAAAUUGUAAAAUUAUAUAGUUCAUCAAAACAUUUACAUCCUACAAUAGAAGGAUUAUUUCCACUUGAAAAUAUUAAUCAUUCUUCGAUAAUUAUAAAUACGCUCCCAACAACAACUUCAAAUCGUGCAAUUUUUAUAAGUUUAGUUGAUCCUUAUGUAUGUCGUUUAAAAGGAAUGUGGCUUAUUGAUAUAAAUGUUAAAGAACCAAAUAUUGUAAAGGCAUAUCGAGUAACAAUAAUGCAGACAAAACGUGAAAUUAGUACAAGAAGUAUUAGUGUAUCAAAUCCUUAUGGAAUAAAAAAAACAUUUCACAUUAAAAGUUCAAAUGAAAAAUUAGUUCAACUUCCUAAAGAAGUCUUUCAAAUUUUACCUCACUCUUCAACGACUGUUGAUAUAAAUUUUUUACCGGUUGAAGUUUAUCAUACAACAAAUUGUGAUGUCUUUUUAUUUGUUGAAAAUGCUGAAAAUGGUAGACAAGAAGAGACAUAUCUUUUAAAAAUAACAUAUAAAUUAGAUUAA